AUGACCUCUAUUACGUCCGUCGAAUUGAAUUACCUCGUCUUCCGUUACCUUCAAGAGUCGGGUUUUACGCAUUCAGCAUUCACUCUAGGUUAUGAGGCAGGAAUUAAUACAUGUAGUAUCGAUGGGAACUUGAUUCCGCCUGGGGCGCUUAUUAGAUUUGUUCAGAAAGGACUUCAGUACCUGGAGAUGGAAGCCAACUUAAGUAAUAGUGAUGUUGAAACAGAUGAAGAUUUCUCAUUCUUGCAUCCUUUGGAUAUAAUAACCAAGGAUGUAAACCAAUUGCAGCAACUGGUAAAGGAGAGAAGGAAGAAUAGAGACAAAGAUAGAGAUAGGGAGGUUGAGCGGGAGUAUGAAGGAGAGCGUGGACAAGUAAUAGAGAAAGAGAUACAAGAAAAGGAGAAGGAACAUGACAAGGAUAGGAAGAAGGAACUUGCUGAUUCGGAUAUGGUUACGAAUCAAGAAGAAAAUGACAGCUCUCAAGCAUAA